AACGCAGAAGGAAGCUGACACCUCCCACGUGGGGGACAGAAGGGUCCUCUCAUUGGUGCCACCUGCAGAGACAGACAACGCCUGGCCAUCAGAGGACGCUCCGACAGCGACACAAUGACCACUAUAAAAGUCAGGCGGGCCACGGAAGGCAGCAGCAGGCCAGGAGACUCCGCAGCUGUAGGGUAAGAGGAGCUGGCUCCUGAGAUGGAGAAAUUCAAGGCUGCGAUGUUGCUGGGGAGCGUUGGUGAUGCGCUUGGCUACAGAAAUGUCUGCCAGGAGAACAGCGCUGCAGGCAUGAAGAUUCAGGAGGAGCUACACCGUUCCGGGGGCCUGGACCACCUUGUACUCUCGCCAGGAGAAUGGCCUGUGAGUGACAACACCAUCAUGCACAUGGCGACCGCCCAGGCCCUCACCACAGACUACUGGUGCCUGGAUGAUCUGUACCGGGAGAUGGUGAGGUGCUAUGUGGAAAUUGUCGAGAAGCUUCCAGAACGUCGGCCAGACCCAGCUACCAUUGAAGGCUGCGCUCAGCUGAAGCCCAAUAACUACCUCCUCGCCUGGCACACACCGUUCAACGAAAAGGGCUCGGGGUUUGGAGCAGCUACCAAGGCCAUGUGUGUUGGCCUGCGGUACUGGAAGCCCGAGCGGCUGGAGACCCUCAUUGAGGUCAGCGUCGAGUGUGGCCGGAUGACCCACAAUCAUCCCACAGGCUUCCUGGGCUCCCUGUGCACGGCCCUGUUUGUGUCGUUCGCCGCACAAGGAAAGCCGCUGGUCCAGUGGGGGAGGGACAUGCUGAGGGCAGUGCCCCUGGCGGAAGAGUACUGCAGGAAGACCAUUCGGCACACGGCAGAAUACCAGGAGCAUUGGUUUUACUUUGAAGCUAAAUGGCAGUUUUAUUUGGAGGAGAGGAAGAUCAGUAAGGACUCAGAAAACAAAGCCAUCUUCCCCGACAAUUAUGACGCAGAAGAGAGGGAAAAGACCUACAGGAAGUGGAGCUCGGAAGGCCGAGGGGGCAGACGAGGCCAUGAUGCCCCCAUGAUAGCCUAUGACGCCCUCCUGGCAGCAGGCAACAGCUGGACUGAGCUGUGUCACCGGGCCAUGUUUCAUGGAGGGGAGAGCGCGGCCACCGGCACCAUUGCAGGCUGCCUGUUCGGGCUGCUGUACGGCCUGGACCUGGUUCCCAAAGGCUUGUACCAGGACCUGGAGGACAAGCAGAAGCUGCAGGACCUGGGCGCGGCUCUCUACCGCCUGUCCACAGAGGAGAAGUAAAACCAUUUCUGCCACUUUCCCCCUAGAGAUCCGAUUCCACCCCCAGGGCCCCUAGUGUCCACUCACAGCCCCUGGCUGAAGCGACCCUGUGCGGCUCCACUGCAGAGUCUGUGCCUGACUGGCCACAUUUAACUCUUGAUUGCCAAUUUCAGAAUCCUAACUGCUGCGUAAAAUACACUGCGUGUCCGUGGGGAAUAUGUUCCCUCCUCCGUCGUCAACGCCGCGUGGGUCUGCUGCACUUGCUCACCCGCAGUCCUGGGACAGGCGGUGCAUUUUACUCUCGCAGAGCUAAUGCUAUUUGCUCACUCACUUCAACAGCACUAACUGCGGGGGUCCGCAGGCCUCCCCACCAACACCCCCUGCAGACCCUCUGUCCGGCCUCUGCCACCAGGUGUGCGUUCCUCCUGAGGGCCAACGGGCCGCCCCCUGCCACCGCCACCCUCCCCGUACCGUGUCUGCAGUGGGUCGUGUGUGGGCCUGGACAGAGAAACAGUCCACACUGGGGCCUGCAGGACACGUACGGAAGCAUUGCUCUUAACCCCACACAACUUUUUAAUCACACUAGAUUUUAAGAGCAACCUCUUUUGAAACAGCUCAUAGAGAAAACCGGACAUAAGGCCUCCUGCUGGCUCCGGCAUCUCUCUCUGUUCUGCCUCAGUGGGCCGGGCCCAAAGGCACAGAAGGCCUUUCCCCUCCGUGCCUGCCCUGCCAGGCUCACUGACCGAGAAGCGCUGUUCCUGGUAUGAGGUUGUCUCUCAGAUUCUUGGAAAAGAGAUCACUUGCUCUUGUUUAAAAUAAAUUGGACAUCAUUUUUCCACACAGCAUCUGGUGUGAAUAAAAUAGCAGUUGACCGAUGUUUACCACUGUGCUUGGGCA